UAAAUGAAAAUACAGUGGUCAAGCAAGAAAGAAAAGAGUCAAGUUGAUACUCGUGCUCUUGUUUGACACUUGUAAUAUAAGGUUAGCUAGAGUAGAGACAGGGCAAAACUGAGAAGGGAAAGAGAUUCUUAUUGUAUUUUUUAUUUUAUUUUAUUUUAUUUUUUUAAUUUUUCCAGAGGAAUAUUUACACCAAAGAAAGUGAAAAUGGAAGUUGAGGGUAUUGAAAUGAGGCAAGCAUCAAAGUUCAAGAGGAUUUGUGUCUUUUGUGGGAGUAGUCAAGGCAAGAAGAGUAGUUACCAAGAUGCUGCUAUUGAGCUUGGCAAGGAAUUGGUCUCAAGGAACAUUGAUCUGGUCUAUGGAGGGGGCAGCAUAGGUUUGAUGGGUUUGGUUUCUCAAGCUGUUCAUGACGGCGGUCGCCACGUUAUUGGAGUUAUUCCCAAGACGCUCAUGCCUCGAGAGUUAACUGGUGAAACAGUGGGGGAAGUGAAGGCAGUAGCAGAUAUGCAUCAAAGGAAGGCAGAGAUGGCUAAGCAUUCAGAUGCUUUUAUUGCUUUACCAGGUGGUUAUGGGACUCUUGAAGAGUUACUUGAAGUGAUAACCUGGGCUCAACUUGGAAUUCACGACAAACCGGUGGGAUUGUUAAAUGUUGAUGGAUACUACAAUUCUUUGCUCUCAUUUAUUGACAAAGCUGUGGAAGAGGGAUUUAUACACCCCAGUGCUCGCAACAUCUUUGCAUCUGCUCCAACAGCAAAGGAGUUGGUAAUGAAAUUGGAGGUAAGCUAAGGAAUAUGUCCCCAGUCAUGAGAGGGUUGCUUCGAAAUUGAGCUGGGAAAUCGAUCAACUUGACUACUCUCAGAAUUAUGAUAUAUCCAGAUGACAUGGGGAUGACUGCACUGAAGGAAGAAUAGAUGGAAUUUGGAAGUGGGAGGAGCUAAUUUUGGAUGAUCUUGAAAUUUCCAUUUGUGGGGAAAUUCUUUUUUCUUUUUUGUAAAUUACUGCAAUUAACCUCAAUAUGUUAAGCUUCUCAACAUUCACUUCUGGUGAACAAUCUGGAUUUCCUGUUAAGUUGUAAGUACUAGAGGCAUAUGAACAUCCCCAUUACAUGUUAACUAAUUUAUAUAUCAACUAUCUUUCACUUCC